GCCGGAAAAUCAAUUUACCGGCGGAUGCGAAUUCAUUGAAUACAAAUCCAUUAAACCAACAACUGCAGCCUGCUUACUGAUCACACAAAUACAUUUAAUUCCUAUCUCACAACCACUUCAGUUUUCUCCAUGCAUGACUAAUUUUCACCUUAACUCUCACACACACUGUUCGCACUCUUCAAUUUUCGCACAAAGAUACGUGGAGAAUUGGUAGAUUUUGUGGAUCUGAAUGACAGCAGAAAUGUCAUUUUUACAUACAUUGCUUGGGAACAUGAAGCUCUCUAACAGGACAUCGAUCUUCGGGCUGCAGCUAUGGGUGGUGAUCGGAAUAGUAAUCGGAGCAGUGAUUUUGCUCAUUCUCUUCCUCCUGUCGCUCUGCGUCCCCGCCUUUCGCCGCCGCCGCCGCAGCCACCGCCGCCGAAGCCGCAGCUCCGGCACCAAAGGAAAACUCCGCCGCUCGGUAAGAGACCCGAGGCCGGCCGUAUCCAAGGAGAUACAGGCGAUCAACCGCGAUUCCGCCGCCAAUCAACGCUCCAUCGCACCUCAGGUUGUGUCAGAGAUACAGAUAGAUACGGGGAAGGUGGAGCACAGAGUUGUGUUUUCUGAUAAAGCAGGAUCAAGUAGUGAGAUCAGGGCUACUAGUGGGGCAGAGAUGGGAUCGUAUAGAGGCAUUGGGUCGUUGCCAGAGGUGUCUCAUUUGGGAUGGGGAAGGUCGUAUACUUUGAGAGAGCUGGAGGCAGCUUGUAAUGGUUUCUCUGAUGAGAAUGUGAUUGGUGAAGGUGGAUAUGGUAUUGUGUAUUAUGGAGAGUUAACUGAUAACACCCGAAUAGCUGUAAAGAAUUUGUUGAACAACAGGGGACAAGCUGAAAACGAGUUCAAGGCCGAGGUGGGUGCAAUUGGACGUGCUAGUCACAAGAAUCUUGUCAGGUUGCUAGGUUACUGUGUUGAAGAAGCCUCCAGGAUGGUUGUCUAUGAAUAUGUUGAAAAUGGAUAUUUGGACCACUGGCUUCAUGGAGAUGUGGGAGAAGUCAGCCCUUUGACGUGGGAGAUUCGUGUGAAUAUAAUUAUCGGAACUGCAAAAGGCUUGGCAUAUCUCCAUGACGGUUUGGAGCCGAAGGUUGUUCACCGUGACAUCAAGUCCAGCAACAUUCUGCUUGAUCAUCAGUGGCAUCCUAAACUGUCAGACUUUGGGCUAGCUAAACUUAUGAAUUCAGAUAUUUCUCACGUAACAACACGAGUGAUGGGAACAUUUGGUUAUGUUGCUCCGGAAUAUGUGUGCACUGGUCUGCUGAACGAGAAGAGUGAUGUUUAUAGCUUUGGAGUAUUGAUCAUGGAGAUCAUCACCGGUAGAUCUCCGGCUGAUUAUUUGAUUCCACAGGGAGAGGCCAAUCUCGUUGACUGGCUGAAGAUGAUGGUUGGAAACAUGAAAUCUGAGGAAGUAGCAGAUCCCAAGUUGCCUGAACGGCCUGCCUCCAUGGAACUGAAGCGCCUGCUCUUGGUAGCCCUUCGGUGUGUUGAUCCUGAUGACCAGAAAAGGCCCAAGAUGGGAUACGUCGUACACAUGCUGGAAUCAGAAGACUUCCUAUCUCUUGAGGAGCGCCAAAUUCGCCGGAACUCUUCCAGUUCCAUGGGUGAAGAUAGUCAUCGAGGUAUAAUCAUUGAAGAAAGCAGUGAAUGCAUAUCUAAUGAUACUAGUGAAGGAGAAAACAAUAAAAUCAUAGAUAUACAAAGAUAGCUGUAUAAUAAAUAUGGAUAGUUAUUGCAUCUGAGUUCAGGUACAUUCAUCACCAUUUUUUAAUCCCGAUAAUAGUUGCAUGAAUUAUUCAAUGAUCCAUGUAGUCUCUGUAAGUGAAGGAUUCAUUCUUUCCUGUUAUAUAGUAAAUUACAUUUAAUUGUUUCCAGUCUUUCUUCACAAUAGCACUUUAUUCUGGAACUGCAAUGCAUAAUAUUGUUCGUUUUAGGCUUGACGUUCUCUAUCUAGCCUAUACCAAAUGAUUUUAGUAUAGCCACGCCGUCUGCGUGCUAUCCUUGGGAUCAUUUUGAGUGUGACAAUCCAUAAUGAAGUAUAUCUUCAUUUUUCUAAAUCAACUAAUUUACUCUUCCUCCGGUGACUCUUGACUUGAGGUUGGAAAAGAGUAUAGGUCCAUUAACUGAGGCACAAAAGCUGUAAUGAUUAAAUAAAAACACAGAACCUAAAUUCCAAAAAAAAUUAUUUGGGAGCUUGAUUAGUGUAUCAUGGAUUCAUGGUGUUGGCAUUCAAGGCCGGACAUCGUCAGCGCAUCCUUUAGAAUAUCCUUGUUGUAGUUUGUAGUUGCUCAUUAACAUAAAAUCAGCGAUGUUAUCCAUGGCAUGAUCCGGUUGGUCUUCUGCAGAUGGCACUCUACUCUUUACCGCUUUAUGGCCGAUUGGGUGAGGGGACGAAUGGCGGUCUUCUACCAAAAGCCUUCAAGUCGUAGGCCGUUGCUGGAGAAGUGGCCAACUUCGUUCUCUUGGGGACGCCUACCACCCGCGUGAAUAUCAUCCCAACUUAGUCAUACCUUUUGCAAAUUGUUAACCAUACCUUUUCUCGUUGAUAUCACCUUUGUCUCCUCUACUUCAUGCCUUCUAUCUACGGACCAAUUCCCUUCCCUUUGCCGUCAAACUAAUUUUGAUGGUUCCAUAUUCAAUAUCUCAGUCCUUUAUGUAUAUUACAAAACUCUAAGUAUUUGGUGUGCUCGUUUGUGUCGCAGACAUUUGAAGCCUAGUCCAAGUAGGGCAGUCAUCACUCAUGGAUCCCAUCCCAAUGCACAACCAUAGGAGACAAAGUCCAAGUUAUAUACUAGGAGUAUUACAUGUAACACCCCUUACCGGGUAGGGUAGGUAAACCCACCGAAUAAGUGAUGUCAUGUUUCAGUAUCGAAAACUCGUGCUGAAGUUUUCCUUUUUCUUUUUAGCUUAAAAGAACAAUUAAAAUCUAUUACAUUUAAAAAAAAA